CUCCCGCAGCAGCCCGGGAAAGCGGAGAAGCUGGCCAGCACAAUGGGAAAGAAGCAGAACAAGAAGAAGGUGGAGGAGGUGCUGGAGGAGGAGGAGGAGGAGUACGUGGUGGAGAAGGUGCUGGACCGGCGCGUGGUCAAGGGCAAGGUGGAAUACCUGCUCAAGUGGAAGGGCUUCUCCGACGAGGACAACACGUGGGAGCCCGAGGAGAACCUGGACUGCCCCGAUCUGAUCGCUGAGUUCCUGCAGUCGCAGAAAACCGCGCACGAGAGCGAGAAAUCCGAGGGCAGCAAGCGCAAGGCCGAGUCUGACACGGAGGACAAGGGCGAGGAGAGCAAACCAAAGAAGAAGAAGGAGGAG